CGAUAGAUACAAAUACCCUAAUACCAACAAAAGAGAUUGAAAAUUCCCUGAGGAAGUAUUAUUGUUGGAUUGGUUACACUGAUUAGUGAUUACUGACUUUUAAAAUAAAAAUAUAUUAUUAGUGAUGGCAGCGAUGAUAAAUACGGUUUUAAAAAAAUCGGUAGAAUUAUUACCAUCAAAAGUAUUUUUGAAAAAUGGGGCUGCCUUGUUACACACAAGCCAAGUAUCAAAUCACAAAUGGUUUCCGGAUGCGGAAUGGGUCAGCCAGUUUAAAGGUCCAGUUAUGUAUCCAGAUGAAAGUAUGAAAAAUUGGGCUAUGCAACCAUGGAGUGCUAAGAAAGCCCCUGUAGAGAGAGCUGUUAAAAAUAUUACCUUAAAUUUUGGACCUCAGCAUCCUGCUGCCCACGGUGUAUUAAGACUGGUCCUUGAACUUGAUGGAGAGUUAGUAAAAAGGUCAGAUCCACAUAUUGGUUUGUUGCAUAGGGGAACAGAAAAACUAAUCGAAUACAAGACCUAUACACAAGCUCUACCUUACUUUGACAGAUUGGAUUAUGUAUCAAUGAUGUGCAACGAGCAGUGCUAUAGUUUAGCAAUAGAAAAAUUGCUGAACAUUGAUGUACCAUUGAGAGCUAAAUAUAUAAGAGUUCUAUUUGCUGAAUUAACUAGGAUUUUAAAUCACAUUAUGGGAAUUGGUACACAUGCCCUUGAUGUUGGAGCUUUGACACCAUUCUUCUGGCUCUUUGAAGAGCGUGAAAAGAUGAUGGAAUUCUAUGAAAGGGUUUCUGGAGCUCGUAUGCAUGCUGCCUAUAUCAGACCAGGAGGAGUAGCUUUAGAUCUUCCAUUAGGUCUUUUAGACGAUAUUUAUGAAUUUGCUGAGAAAUAUAAUGAGAGAUUAGACGAAGUUGAAGAUGUUCUAUCUACUAAUAGAAUUUGGGUACAAAGAACCAAAGAUAUUGGUGUCAUUUCUGCUGAAGAUGCUUUGAACUACGGUUUUAGUGGUGUCAUGUUGAGAGGUUCUGGUAUCAAAUGGGACUUGCGCAAAUCACAACCCUAUGAUGCUUAUCAUUUGGUUGAUUUUGAUGUACCAAUUGGUGUAAAUGGAGACUGUUAUGACAGGUACUUGUGUCGUAUUGAAGAAAUGAGACAAUCUUUAAGAAUCAUAGAUCAGUGUCUCAAUCAAAUGCCAGCUGGUGAGGUUAAAACUGACGAUGCUAAGUUAACUCCUCCAAGCCGAGCGGAAAUGAAAACUUCGAUGGAGGCUCUCAUCCACCACUUCAAACUCUUUACCCAAGGUUACCAGGUACCUCCUGGUGAGACCUAUACAGCUAUCGAAGCUCCUAAAGGUGAAUUUGGUGUCUACCUUGUUUCCGAUGGAAGUUCUAAGCCAUACAGGUGCAAAAUUAAAGCACCAGGAUUUGCACAUUUAGCUGCUUUGGAUAAAAUAGGAAAGAACCACAUGUUGGCUGAUAUCGUGGCCAUUAUUGGUACACUGGACGUUGUAUUUGGGGAAAUUGAUAGAUAGGAUGGUCGAGUUAGGAG